GGGGACAACACUUUAGGGGACAACACUUUAGGGGACAACACUUUAGGGGACAACACUUUAGGGGACAACACUUUAGGGGACAACACUUUAGGGGACAACACUUUAGGGGACAACACUUUAGGGGACAAGACUUUAGGGGACAACACUUUAGGGGACAAGACUUUAGGGGACAACCCUUUAGGGGAUGUUACCCUUCGGGGUUGA